GCUCAUUCGUAUGCUGUGUUGUUGAUUGAGUUGAACGUGAUUCUCGCGCGCGUGUUCCCGUUUUGAAAUUGCGUCGAUUUUUGUGAAAAUUUUUGUAUUAAAAAGUGCCAAAAUAUGGAUCUAAUGCUAAGCAACUUCAUCACCGACGAUGGUCCGGUGUUGGAAAAGAAAAAGAAGAAAGGGGCCGGAACGGAUGACGGUGGAGGGAAGUUCUCCAUGGUGUUCAGUAAAAGCCAACCGGUCAAGGCUGUCGUGGCUAGGAAAAGACCUUCCGUUGCACUCAAACCUAAAACUCAGGAAGGUGAGAAAGUGGUUAAGAAACCAACGUUCUCAUUAAAGCCACCGGAAGCUGUGCCGGUGAAGAAGACAGUUCCUCCGGAAAAGAAACCGGUUUCCUUCCUAGAUAAGAAGAAAGAAAAGCCAUUUGACUCCGGGCAAAAGAAGGAGAAACCAGAGGGAAAGACCCCGAAAUUUUCCCUAACGGAAAAGUUUGAAGAGGUCAAAAAGCACCGGAAGUCAAACAUGUUUGAUCGGAUGAAGAACGAUAUGCCCAAGGUGGACCUCCCGGAGGUACACCCGCUGACGGAGAAGGUUUUUAGCGAUUCCACCAUCGACUCACUGGACAUCCAUCCGCACUCGAAGAAGAACAUUGCAGAUUUAUUGCAUUUUAAGCACCUGACGGUGGUUCAAGACCUAUCGAUUCCGAAGAUACUGGCCGGGAAGGAUGUUUUGAUUCGGGCGCAGACCGGAUCCGGAAAGACGCUGGCCUAUGCGCUGCCGCUGGUGGAGCGAUUGCAUUCCCAGGAGGUGAAAGUUUCCCGAUCGGAUGGCAUUCUGGCGGUGGUCAUUGUUCCGACGAGGGAAUUGGCCCUGCAGACCUAUGAGCUGUUUGUGAAGCUGCUGAAACCGUACACGUGGAUCGUGUCCGGAUAUUUGAGUGGCGGUGAGAAGCGGAAAGCGGAGAAGGCCCGGCUGAGAGCUGGGUUGAACAUACUGAUAUCGACUCCGGGGCGGUUUUGUGACCACUUGAAGAACACGGAAUCGAUGAAGAUGAAUGCGGUGCGGUAUCUGAUUCUGGAUGAAGCGGAUCGUUUGCUUGAAUUGGGAUACGAAAAGGACGUGAAAGAGAUAGUGGAAUCCAUUAAGGCAAACCGUAACGAAGACGAUUCAUCAAUUCAAACGGUCCUGCUGUCUGCAACCCUAACGGCUUCCGUCAAAGAACUGGCUGGGCUAACCCUGAAAGAUCCGGACUAUGUGGACACGAGUGACAUUGCUGUGGAGCGUCGGUUCGACAACGUCGAGGACAUGGAGGAGCGGAUUACCAUUCCGGCUACGGUCCGGCAAAGUUAUAUAGUUAUACCUCCGAAGUUGCGAUUGGUUACCCUAAGCGGAGUGAUUGCUUACGAGUUCAACCGGCAGGCCAACAAGUGCCUCGUCUUUAUGGCCACACAGGAUAUGGUUGACUUCCACUACGACGUCAUGGUUGAAGUGCUCACCCAGAAAAAGCCCGAUUCAGAUGAUGAGAAAGAUUCCGACGAUGACGACGACGACGACGAAAAAGCCAUCAGCGAAUCGGAAUCCGAACCGGACGACACCAACCCCUCCGACAUAAUCCUCCUCCCGAAAGUGUCCUUCUUCAAACUGCACGGCAAAAUGACCCAAAUCGAGCGCAGCUCGGUGUUCAAAGAGUUCCGUGCCGCCAAAUCCGCCGUCCUCCUCUGCACGGACGUAGUCGCCCGCGGAAUAGACGUGCCCAGUGUGGACCUCGUCGUCCAGUACCACGCUCCGCAAAUCCUGGCCGAUUACGUCCACCGGGUGGGCCGAACGGCCCGGGCCGGCCAGUCCGGAAAGGCUCUGCUCUUUGUCGAACCGGCCGAAAUCGAGUUCGUCAAGUACCUAGCCGCCAAGCAAAUCAAACUCGCCGAGGAACGGGUGGAUCCGAUUUUCGGCCGGAUCGGGGUGCUCAUUAACAGCGUCCCCGGCCGGAAGAACAAAAACAAGGAACAAGCGGCCAUCGAGCUGCAGCAUCGGUUCGAAAAGCUCGUCGCCGGGGAGAAGCAACUCUACGGGUCCGCUAGCAAAGCAUUCGUCUCCUGGGUGCGGUACUACUCCAACUUCCCGAAGGAAUUGCGACGGAUUUUCUCCAUCAAAGCGGUCAACAUGGGCCAUUACGCCAAAUGUUUGGGUCUACGGGAUCCACCGAAGCAGUUCAUGCGGCAGCACACCGGACCCAAGGAUGGCGGAGAACAGGAGGGGAAUGAUGGCAGAGGUGAAGGUCGCCCCAGGAAGUUUGGUGCUCAGAGGGGACGAGGCGGUGGAGGUGGUCGCGGUCGAGGAGGCAAACCAUUCGCCGGUAAUCCUCGGAAGCGAUCGUUUACCGCUGCCAAGGGGGGCGGCUCAUCGGGUGCUGGCGCUGCCAACCGGAAGCACAAAGACCUUGCCAGCUACGCACAGAGCUCGCGCAUGAUCAACACGUCCGAAUUUGCCAGUGGUUUGGCACCGGCUCGGAAAAAGCCCCGAAAGAACUGAUUCUCUGCUGCCGCGCGCCUGGUUUGUAAAUAUCCUACCUACUUUCAGCGCAGGAGAUGAAGCAAAAGUGGAAGAGAGUAUGUACAUCAUAUUUGUUUUUAUAACAAUCAGAGUCGAUUGAUCGAGUGUAGGCAAUAUAAUUCGCUUUACAGAAAUAAAUUAAGGAAAACCAACGCUAAAAAUGGUUAUUACCUAUUAUUGGCUGGGGUGGCGCCGGCGCCGGCUUCCACACUGGCGGCAACGGCGGCGGCGGGAUGCAACCGAAACCGAAAGAAACGAACAAUGAUGAGGCGGAUAAGUAUUGUGGGUCAGAGCCGAGCAGUCAGCAGAGCCAAACAAACUAAUAAUAAUGGUGGUAAAAGUGAGUGCGGUUCGGAAUCGGGCGGCGGCGGCGGCGGACUCAUCAUCUUCAUCAUCAUCAUGAUCCAAUGAGUGGUACCAAAUUGGAAAAGCGGUAAAU